AUGAGGCUCCUGUCCACACAGCUCCUGUCCACACAGCUCCUGUCCACACAGCUCCUGUCCACACAGCUCCUGUCCACACAGCUGUCCACACAGCUCCUGUCCACACAGCUCCUGUCCACACAGCUCCUGUCCACGCAGCUCCUGUCCACACAGCUGUCCACACAGCUCCUGUCCACACAGCUCCUGUCCACACAGCUCCUGUCCACACAGCUCCUGUCCACACAGCUCCUGUCCACACUGCUGAUCAGGCUGGUGCUGCUGAUGCUGGUCCUGCUCAUCAUCAGGCCCUGGCUCCUCUUCCACUGGCUCCCAGAGAUCACCAUCGCUGAUGCAGAUGUUGUGCAGGAUGGUGCAACAGGCAGUCACCUGGACUGCAAAGAUCGUGCCCGUGCAUGGCGGGCACGCGAGCAGCGGGCCGCGAGAAGAGGAAGGCGGGAAGAGAAGAAGCGAGGGCGAGGAGCAGCGGGACGCAGCGACCGCCCGGGAAGCAGGGAAGGCGCAGGCAGAGGAAGAGAGCCGAGGGGACGAGAGAAGCUCGGGAAUGAUAGACCAGAGGGCAAGAGAGACAGCCGGGGGAAGAGGGACAGAGAGAAGAGUGGGAGAGAGCUAGAGGCCAAAUCGGGAAGAGAGACGCCGGGAAGAGCGAAGGGGGAAGGAGGGAAAGAGGCAAGCGCGGGCCUAGAGAAGAGAGAGCAUGGAGCUGGUCGAGCGCACGAGAGAAGCGGGGAGAGGAAGCGAGGGAAGAGAGACAGAGAGAAGAGGAGAGAAGAAGAGGGACGAUGGGAAAGAGAGAAGAGGGGAGAGAGACGGGAGCAGAGGGACAGAGAGACGAGUGGAAGAGAGAAGAGCGGUACGAGAGCAGAGGGCAGCUGGAGAGAGAAGAGGGGCGAGAGAAGCGAGAAGAGGGGAAGAGAGCAGAGGGAGCGCGAAAGAGGGAACCAAGCGAGCGGGAAGAGGAACGAGAGGGGAGAGAGAAGGGAGAAGAGGGACGAGCGAAAGGGCAGAGCGAUCGAGGGCACGAGCGAAUAUGGGCAGAUGGACGAGCGAAGAGGGGAGAGCGACACGAGCAGCAAGCAAGGGAAAGCAGAGAAGAGGGCGAGGAAGAGGGACGAGAGCAAGCGGGGACGACGCGCCGAGGGAAGGGGGACGCGAGUCCCUCUCUUGGGUCUCCUGAGGCCUCUCGUGUGGGGGGUGCCCCUGGGAGGUAAUCAGGCUGUAAUUGGUUAA